GCGCACAGACAGACGCUGGGAGGAGAGGACUUUAUGAGGGGUUGCACCACAACUUGCUGUAGUCGAUUCUGAACUUUCGGAUCUGAUCGUGCUUGAGGACCCAGUCGCAGCUUUUAUUUUCUCCUCAAUUUCAACACGCUUGGAUCCAAGUCAACUUAAUAUGAAAAAAUGUCGAUAAAUGAAGCGUACGUUUUCCGACCGUUCAAGUUGAUUGCUUUACUUUGUAUAUUUCUGGCAUUGUGUCUGGACAUCGUAGCGUUAUUGAGUCCCGCCUGGGUAACGGCAGAGCGUUUUUCUUUGUCGCUAUGGGAAUCAUGCACUGAAACAGAGGCUGGCUGGAGAUGCCUUUCCACCCUCACAUCUGACUGGCAGAUCGCCACUCUGGUGCUGCUGCUGGCCGGUGCUGCGGUGACUCUGGUGACCUUCCUGGUGGCCCUCAUCUCCCUGUGCCGGGGGACACGCAUACGGCACUACCGCAUGGUGGCUGUGUUCCUGUUCACUGCAGUGGUCCUUCAGGCCUGUGCACUGGUCCUCUACCCAAUCAAGUUCAUUGAUGGAACUGUCCUCCAGACCUACCAUGAGUUCAACUGGGGCUACGGACUGGGCUGGGGAGGCACCAUCUUCAUGCUAGGGGGAGGCAUCCUCUUCUGCCUCCGGACGGACAUGUACGAGGACGCUAUGUACUGAGUCCUCUCUCUCCUCCUCUCUAUAUCUCUCUCUUGUUCUUUCUGUCACACACAAACAAAUAUUGACAUUCACUCUCUUGUGCGACAACACACCCACACAAACACAUCCUUCCUCUGCCCACGUAGACAAGCUUCGACACCUACAUACAGUACAUCUCUGUUAUUUAUAGACAGUGUGUGAGGCCUCCUGGCUCUGGCUGAUCAGCAGGACAGAUGAAGUCCGAGGAGCAGUUGUGUGGAGAGAAUGUCUGCCUGUCCCCAGUGGGGUGCCAGAGACCCUCACCACGGUCAGACAGACAGACAGCCAUGAUGUUAAAUCACAGAAAUGGUUUUGGACAGACGGCGCAUCCCAUGAAUCUCCAUUCGUAGAGCAACAAGGAAGUAGAUUCUCUGAGCUCUACCUUCUGGGCUGCGGUGUUUAUAUAAGGGAUUGUUACAGUAUAUGGGCCAUCCCACCAAUUUGGUGCCUUUUGAAAAAAAUUACUUUUGAUUUCACAUUUUAACAUUCUGUCAUAAAGAGCAAAUGUUCAACUUAAUAAAAGUUUUCCCAUCUCAAAAUAAAUAAAAAAGACAAUAGAAAGUGCCUAUUACAUGCCGAAUAAAGUAACAGAGUUGACAAUUUAAUCUUAAAUCAGCCAUUAAUCCUGUUUUGACUUGGGGAAUGGAAGCUUGUUGUUUGCAACAGGGAGUGGCAAUUGAAUGCAAGCUUCACCAAAAAUGUUUAAUUGUUUUAACAUUUCUAGUAUGUCUAUCUAUGGGUAACAGGGUUGACGUGUUGUCAUCGACCCCCUCACUUUCCACGACAGACACCAGAAAAUGUCCAAUAGGAGUAGAGCCAGCUCACCUGCUUUUACACUAUGAUUUGACUAUGAAAUGUUUCUUAAAAAAAAAAAACUUAGGCAUAGUUUCACCAUAUUAAAACGAGAGUUAAGAUAAUGUAACAGGGAUGACCUUAAAAUGAGGGGCAGAGGUAAAUGAUUCACUAAUCACAUUAAAUCAAUGAUUUUGUCAAAGCAACUUCAUAAAUAGGGCUUUACAAUGACGGUGAAAACUUACAGAAUUGUAGGGUUAAGUGGGGUAAAAUAUUACAAGUCACAGAGGUGCAUAGAGGGACAUGUCAAAAUACACAAUUUGGGCUCUUUAGCAAGUCUUUAUUCAUAUCGAAAAAUGUGAUUUAUAGAAUUCUCCAUGCGGUCUAUAUUCAUUUAAUAUAAAAGUCUUUUAAAAUGUAUUAUCGGUGCACAAUGUUUACUUAAAAUAGCAAAUGGAUGCAAAAGGCACUCUUUUAGUGGGACGACCCAUAUAUUCCUUUUUUCUGUAGUGUAUUUUUUUGUGAUGACGACAAAUAAUAUUGUUAAUGUAUUUAUGGUAUCCUUUAUCUUGCUAUCUAUUCUCCCACAGGAAGAUAUACAUUUGAUGCAUUGCUGUUUAAUAAUUGCAGUUUCUGAACACUGAGAACUUCAAAUGGGUGAAUCCCAAAACAUGCCUGGUUUUCUAACUCCUCCUGACAUUUGUAGUGUAAAAUAAACAGUACUGAUAUAUAUGCAAUAAUGA